UUGAUGAGUUUUCGAGAUCACAUGGACAGAGAGGAACAAGAAGUUGCAGACCUCAUGGGAACAAACAAGAAUAUUUUUUAGACGACCACGAAAAUAGCUUUGUGGUUUUUGCUUUUAGGGAUUUUGAGGAUCGUAAGUUCGAUUAUGAAGUGAAUACUGUUCAGUUGGAGGUAGAAGAAGCAGAAAUUGAUAUCUAAGUUUGGGGGUUUAUGUAAGGAUGAAGGCGGGGAGUGCGGCGAAGCUUAUUGUUGAUGCCCUGCUGCAACGGUUCCUUCCACUUGCGAGGCGUCGAAUUGAAACAGCACAAGCACAGGAUGGACAAUACCUUAGGCCAUCAGACCCUGCCUACGAGCAAGUAUUGGAUUCCUUAGCUAUGGUGGCACGACACACACCUGUACCUCUUCUUGAAGCACUUCUUCGAUGGAGAGAAACGUGGGCCUCUAAAUUUGAAUCCCCAAAAGGUGCAAAUGAUGCAUCUACAUUCCAGAGAAAGCUUGCAGUGGAGUGCAUUUUUUGCUCAGCAUGUAUUCGCUUUGUGGAGUGUUGUCCACAAGAAGGACUUACAGAAAAACUCUGGAUUGGACUGGAAAACUUUGUGUUCGACUGGCUGAUAAAUGCUGACAGGGUUGUUAGUCAGGUUGAAUAUCCUUCAUUGGUCGAUUUGCGUGGGCUUCUUCUAGACCUAGUUGCACAACUUCUGGGUGCUCUAUCACGUAUCAGGUUUAGUUCUGUAACCGAGCGCUUUUUCAUGGAACUGAAUACUCGUCGGAUUGAUACCAGUGGUGCUCGAAGUGAAACACUUAGUAUCAUUAAUGGAAUGCGCUACCUAAAGCUUGGGGUCAAAACAGAGGGGGGUCUAAACAGCUCAGCUUCCUUUGUGGCAAAAGCCAAUCCUCUUAAUCGCGCGCCUCAUAAACGAAAGAGUGAACUUCAUCAUGCACUUUGCAAUAUGCUGUCAAACAUUUUAGCACCGCUUGCGGAUGGUGGUAAAGGUAACUGGCCGCCUCCUGGUGUAGAACCCGCACUUAGCCUCUGGUAUGAAGCUGUUGCACGAAUGCGAGUGCAACUCAUGCAUUGGACAGACAAACAGAGCAAGCAUAUAGCUGUUGCUUAUCCUUUGGUGACUUUGCUUCUCUGUCUUGGUGAUCCUGUCGUUUUUCUCAAUAACUUUGGUCCUCAUAUGGAGCAACUGUACAAGCAUCUCAGGGACAAGAACAACCGGUUCAUGGCUCUGGACUGUCUUCAUCGUGUUUUAAGAUUUUAUUUAAGUGUUCACGGGAACUCCCAACCACCAAAUCGUGUAUGGGAUUACUUGGACAGCGUGACAGCACAGCUUCUGACAAUUCUCAGGAAAGGGAUGCUUACACAAGAUGUACAACAUGAUAAAGUUGUCGAGUUCUGUGUUACUAUAGCGGAACAUAACCUCGAUUUUUCUAUGAACCAUGUGAUCUUGGAAUUGUUGAAACAAGAUAGCCCAAGUGAAGCAAAGGUUAUUGGCCUUCGUGCAUUACUUGCCAUUGCAAUGUCUCCAACAAGCCAACAUGUUGGCUUGGAAAUCCUUCAUGCUCAUGACAUAGGCCAUUAUGUUCCAAAAGUGAAGGCUGCAAUUGAGUCUAUUUUGAGGUCAUGCAAUCGUGCUUAUAGUCAGGCUCUUCUCACUUCUUCAAAGACGACUAUAGAUGCUGUUACCAAGGAAAAAUCACAAGGAUAUCUCUUUCGCUCGGUUCUGAAGUGCAUACCUUACCUGAUUGAAGAAGUUGGCCGGACAGAUAAAAUCACUGAGAUAAUACCGCAGCAUGGAAUAAGUAUCGAUCCUGGUGUUCGUGAGGAAGCGGUACAAGUACUGAAUCGGAUUGUGAGAUAUCUUCCCCAUCGUCGCUUUGCAGUUAUGAGAGGUAUGGCAAACUUCAUCCUACGGUUGCCAGAUGAAUUUCCUCUUCUCAUUCAAACAUCACUUGGACGUCUUUUGGAACUCCUGCGUUUCUGGAGAGCUUGUCUCUCGGAUGAUAACGUUGAAAAUGAUGCUUUGGAUGCAAAGCAUGUGCAGAAAAAACAAGGAUUUAAGAGAUCUUCGUUCCAUCCUGGAGAACCUAUAGAAUAUCGUGCUUCGGAGAUUGAUGCAGUUGGCCUUAUUUUUCUUAGUUCUGCUGAUAGUCAGAUCAGGCACACAGCAUUGGAGUUACUUCGCUGUGUUCGUGCUCUACGGAAUGAUAUUCGAAACCUAUCGUUAUAUGAAAGAUCAGAUCUCCUAAAAGAUGAAGCCGAACCCAUAUUUGUAAUCGAUGUUUUAGAAGAGAACGGGGAUGACAUUGUUCAAAGCUGCUAUUGGGAUUCUGGCCGUCCUUUUGAUCUUAGACGAGAAUCUGAUGUAGUACCUCCUGAUGCAACACUACAAUCUAUUCUUUUUGAAAGCCCGGAUAAGAACAGAUGGGCUCGUUGUCUUAGUGAGCUUGUCAAGUAUGGUGCAGUGCUAUGCCCGCAGUCUGUUCAGGAAGCAAAGUCUGAGGUUAUUCAGCGUCUUGCACACAUCACACCUGUUGAAUUGGGGGGAAGGGCUCAUCAGUUUCAGGAAGCAGACAGCAAACUCGAUCAGUGGCUCAUGUAUGCUAUGUUUGCUUGUUCAUGUCCACCUGGAAGAGAAGGAGCUAGUGCAGCAACAACACGAGACCUCUUCCAUCUUAUCUUUCCUUCGCUAAAAUCUGGUUCUGAAGCACAUGUACAUGCGGCAACUAUGGCUCUUGGGCACUCACAUUUGGAAGUGUGUGAAAUAAUGUUCAGCGAGCUUGCAUCUUUUAUGGACGAAAUUUCUUUGGAAACAGACGGAAAACCAAAAUGGAAGAGUCAAAAACUUCGCCGUGAAGAACUCCGAAUCCGCAUUGCAAACAUAUAUAGAACUGUUGCCGAGAACAUUUGGCCUGGCAUGCUAGGCCGUAAGCCGGUUUUCCGCCUCCACUAUUUGAAGUAUAUUGAUGAAACAACCAGAUUAAUCUCGAGUUCACCUCUUGAGAACUUCCAAGAAAUGCAACCUCUUCGUUAUUCACUUGCAUGUGUACUAAGAUCACUGGCCCCCGAGUUUGUGGAGUCUAAAUCAGAGAAAUUUGAUCCUAAAACCAGAAAACGGUUGUUUGAUCUUCUUCUUUCAUGGUGUGAUGAUUCUGGUAGCACAUGGAGCCAGGAUAGUGCAAGCGAUUAUCGACGUGAAGUUGAACGUUACAAGUCUAGUCAGCAUUCUCGAUCGAAAGACUCCAUAGACAGAAUUUCGUUCGAUAAAGAAGUUACUGAACAAGUUGAGGCCAUUCAAUGGGCUUCCAUGAAUGCUAUGGCUUCUUUGUUAUAUGGGCCUUGUUUUGAUGAUAAUGCACGAAAAAUGAGCGGCCGUGUUAUAUCUUGGAUCAAUAGUCUCUUCAUCGAGCCUGCACCGAGGGCCCCGUUCGGUUAUUCACCGGUUGACCCACGAACUCCAUCGUAUACUAAAUACACAGGAGAAGGCGGUCGAGGAGCUACUGGACGUGAUAGGAACAGAGGUGGUCACCUUCGCGUUUCCCUUGCUAAAAUGGCGUUAAAGAAUCUUCUUCUUACCAAUUUAGAUUUGUUCCCUGCUUGCAUCGAUCAGUGCUACUAUUCUGAUGCCGCCAUAGCUGAUGGCUACUUCAGUGUUUUGGCCGAAGUCUACAUGCGCCAAGAGAUACCCAAAUGCGAAAUUCAGCGACUUCUGAGUCUCAUCCUUUACAAAGUGGUCGACCCAUCUAGACAGAUUCGUGAUGAUGCCCUACAGAUGCUCGAGACACUAUCAGUCCGUGAAUGGGCUGAAGAUAAAAUCGAGGGCUCAGGAAGUUAUCGGGCUGCAGUCGUUGGAAAUCUUCCCGAUUCUUACCAACAAUUUCAGUACAAACUGUCGUGCAAACUUGCCAAAGAUCAUCCCGAGCUCAGCCAGCUUCUUUGUGAAGAAAUCAUGCAGCGGCAAUUGGAUGCGGUCGAUAUAAUCGCUCAACAUCAGGUUUUAACAUGCAUGGCUCCGUGGAUCGAAAACCUCAACUUCUGGAAACUUAAAGAUUCAGGAUGGAGUGAAAGGUUAUUGAAAAGCUUGUAUUAUGUGACAUGGAGGCAUGGUGAUCAGUUUCCGGAUGAAAUCGAGAAGCUUUGGAGUACGAUUGCCAGUAAGCCCCGAAAUAUACGGCCGGUUUUGGAUUUUUUGAUCACGAAAGGAAUAGAAGAUUGUGAUUCGAAUGCCUCGGCUGAAAUAAGUGGCGCGUUUGCUACGUAUUUCUCGGUUGCUAAACGAGUGAGCUUAUAUCUAGCUCGGAUAUGUCCACAGGGCACCAUAGACCACUUGGUUUAUCAGUUGGCUCAACGUAUGCUUGAGGAUAGCUUGGAACCACUCAGACCAACGGCUAACAAGGGUGAACCAAACGGAAAUUAUGUUUUGGAGUUUUCUCAGAGUUCAGCCGUGGCUCAAAUUGCCGCGGUUUUGGAUAACCAGCCUCAUAUGUCACCGUUACUGGUUCGAGGGUCUCUUGAUGGUCCAUUACGGAAUACUAGCGGAAGCUUAAGCUGGAGAACAGCAGCUGUCGGUGGCCGGAGUGCGUCGGGUCCGUUGACUCCAAUGGCUCCUGAGAUGAACGUGGUUCCUGUAACCGCUGGGCGGUCGGGUCAACUCAUUCCGGCUUUAGUCAACAUGUCGGGGCCUUUGAUGGGGGUCCGAAGUUCAACGGGAAGUAUGAGAAGCCGUCAUGUUUCUCGAGAUAGUGGGGAUUAUCUCAUCGAAACUCCAAAUUCCGAAAUCGAUGGUUUGCAUCCGGCUAGCGGAACUCACGGUGUCAAUGCUAAAGAACUUCAUUCAGCCUUACAAGGUCAUCAGCAGCAUUCGUUAACCCAUGCUGAUAUCGCAUUAAUUUUGCUAGCGGAAAUUGCUUAUGAGAACGAUGAAGAUUUCCGGGAGCAUUUACCAUUACUUUUUCACGUCACAUUUGUCUCGAUGGAUAGCUCGGAAGAUAUUGUGUUGGAACACUGCCAGCAUUUGCUCGUUAAUUUGCUGUAUUCGCUUGCCGGCCGUCAUUUGGAGCUUUACGAUGUUGAAAAUAGUGAUGGUGAGAACAAGCAGCAGGUCGUGAGUUUGAUUAAAUACGUUCAAUCGAAACGGGGGAGCAUGAUGUGGGAAAAUGAGGACCCGACGCUCGUGAAAAUCGAGCUCCCGAGCGCCGCGCUUUUGUCCGCGCUCGUGCAGAGCAUGGUGGAUGCAAUCUUCUUCCAGGGUGACCUCCGAGAAACUUGGGGAGCCGAGGCGCUCAAGUGGGCCAUGGAGUGCACCUCGAGACACCUUUCGUGUCGGUCCCACCAAAUCUACCGAGCGUUGCGGCCCCGUGUGACGAACGACGCUUGUGUCUCGCUUCUCUGGUGCCUCCAUCGUUGCCUAGCGAAUCCCGUACCUUCGGUUUUGGGGUUUGUUAUGGAGAUCCUUUUGACAUUGCAAGUGAUGGUCGAAAAUAUGGAGCCUGAAAAGGUGAUAUUAUACCCCCAGCUUUUCUGGGGUUGUGUCGCUAUGAUGCACACCGAUUUUGUCCACGUGUACUGUCAGGUACUCGAGCUCUUUUCUCGUGUUAUUGACCGUUUAUCGUUUCGUGACAAAACAACCGAAAACGUUCUCCUCUCGAGCAUGCCACGAGACGAGCUCGAUCAUAGUGUUGCUGACACCGACUUCCAGAGACUCGAGCCACAGAACCCUGGUGUAACCUCACCAUCGAGCGGGAAAGUCCCGGCUUUCGAAGGGGUCCAGCCGCUCGUACUUAAAGGACUCAUGUCAACCGUGAGCCACGGCGUGUCAAUCGAGGUUCUUUCACGGAUAACGGUUCACUCGUGUGAUUCCAUCUUUGGGUACCCAGAAACGAGACUUUUAAUGCACAUCAUCGGCUUGCUUCCGUGGCUCUGCUUACAGCUCAACCACGAACCCGUUGUCGGCCAAUCUUCACACCAAAAGGCUUGUGGUGUUUCAACCAAUCUAGCCAUCUGGUGUCGAGCCAGAUCAUUAGACGAGCUAGCCGCGGUUUUCGUGGCCUAUUCACAGGGCGAUAUCAAGACGAUCCACAACCUUCUUGCCUGCGUCUCGCCAUUAUUAUGCAACGAGUGGCUACCGAAACACUCGGCGCUCGCAUUCGGACAUCUUCUCAAGCUUCUCGAGCGUGGGCCCGUCGAGUAUCAACGAGUAAUCCUCUUAAUGAUGAAGGCAUUACUUCAACAUACUUCCAUGGAUGCUGCACAGAGUCCGCAUAUGUACGCAAUCGUUUCCCAACUAGUCGAAAGCACGCUCUGUUGGGAGGCACUUAGCGUACUCGAAGCCCUUUUGCAGAGCUGCAGCUCGCUAAGCGGGACCCACAACCACGAUCCGUCAUCGUAUGAAAACGGGCUCGGUGGGACCGAGGACAAGGUGCUGUUUCCUCAAUCAUCAUUCAAGGCUCGCAGUGGACCGCUACAGCAGGCCAUGGGUCUGGGGUUCGGACCAGGGUCUAUGCUGGCUGCACAGGUUAGCCUCUCGGAGUCGGGUGUUUCGCCUCGUGAGUUAGCGUUGCAGAACACGCGAUUAAUCCUCGGUCGGGUUCUCGAAAAUUGUGCACUUGGGAGGAGAAGGGAUUAUAGAAGAUUGGUACCUUUUGUGACAACCAUUGGCAACCCUUGAAUCUUUUCAAGCUAUAUCCAGUUUUUCUUUAGCUGUGUACAUUGGUGGAUUGAAUCUUGGCUGAAUGUUGUAUAUGAUUGAACUAGAAUUAGUGAUUGAUUAGCAUGUAAAAUGCCCAU